UGUAGCAACAUAGAGAGAAACAAUGCCCAGCUUAUCACCAGACUCAAAAGAACUGGACAACAUGAGCAAGAAGGAGAGCCCACCGCAGGCCCAAAAAAAAGAUUGCAAAUGGAGCCUUCAGUUCAAACUGCUGAGAACCUCGCCAACGGACAGACUCAAACCCGAGGAGACUCUGCUUUGGUCCCAGUCACUGGAAAACCUGCUUAAAUCCAAAAGUGGCAGGGCAACAUUCACGGCCUUCCUCAAGUCCGAGCACAGCGACGAAAACAUCGAAUUCUGGCAGACCUGCGAAGACUUCAAGAAACUCCGGUGCAACCACAGGCUGGUGUCCAGGGCCAAGAAGAUUUUUGAAUCCUACAUCAAGGCUGAAUCUCCCAGAGAGAUUAACAUCGACCACAAAACAAGGGAGGUCAUCCGGCACAACGUUCAGUCCCCCACCAGGUGGUGCUUCGAUGACGCCCAGAAGAUUGUCUUCGGCUUGAUGGAAAAAGACUCCUACCCCAGAUUCCUCCGUUCUGAUCAUUACAGAAUCUUCCUGGAUUCAGUCUCGGAUAGAAUUAUGGGAUAACGGACGUAACACGGAAAAAAAGACACUUGGUUCAUCUUUUGGCUCCUUUAAGGACCUACACCGGGACGGUGGCGAGUACCGUGUGUUUGACGAGGACAGAUCUAAUCUUAGACCUGGAUUGUUUCAAUACUGUGGACUUGCAGACCUUUAAAACUGGUCACUUCUUGUCUUGUCUUGUCUCGACUGGCUUCCACUGUCUACGUCUGCUGCCAACACUACGGUUAAAGAACAGCUGUAUUUGGAGUUCAGUCAGUGAAACUACAGUACGGCGGAAACAGCACCGGCUGUAGGGAAGCCCCCCAUGGUUAUCUCCGAACUGUAACACUGAUGAAAGCAAAAUGAGCAGAUAAAGAUCAUAAAUGUAAACGUUUUAUCCUUUAUUUGAUGCUUUGGCUACUACAGUGAAGGUUUGGGCACCUUAGAUGGAGCUCUUGAUGCCACUUUACCUGAGAAAUGAUAAAAUAUAUUGGAAAAAGUAUGUGGACAGCCUUUUAUAUUGUUGAGUUCAGGUGUUUUAGCCACGCCACUGCAAACACAUGUAUAGAAUCAGCUAUAGAAAAUAAACUAUAUGCUUCCAGCUUUGUGCACAAAGCAUUUACAUUUUCGGCAACUUACAGUACUGUGCCAGAAUACUGUCUAAGCAUUUGAGGGUUAAGGGCCUUGCUCAAGAGCCCUGGCAGUGGUGGGGCUUGAACCAGUGAUCACUAGUCCAUCACUAGCUGUUAUGUCAAACUUUAGGUGGACCUGCACAGAGUCCUAACUUCAACCCAACUCAACACCUUUGGGAUGAAGUGGAAUGGUCAUUCAGAGGCCGGGCCUUAAUCUUGACCCCACAAACGCUUUUCUGGCUGAAUAGGCUCAAAUACAUACAGGCACAUUUACAUUUUAGGCAUUUAGCAGACGCUUUUAUCCAAAGCGAGUAUACUGUCUAAGGCCCUGCUUAAGGGCCUAACAGUGGCAACCUGGCAGUGGAGGGGCUUGAACCAGCUACCUUUUGAUUACUAGUCCAGUACCUUAACCACUAGGCUACAACUGCCUUUCCGGAAUAGUGGGAGCUGUUUGAGCCACGGUUGUCUGCAGAUAAAUCUUUAUUUUAUUAUAUAUUAAUGGUGUAGUUUUGGAGUCGGAUGUCCAGACAGGUCACGGUCAGGUGUCCACAUGCUUUACAGGUAUAGAGGUCUUUGAGUAAUGCAUUGUUUUACCUAAAUUUCAUCAUUAGAAAUGCUACAGAAAUCAUUUGUUUGUAAAUAUUGUGUAUUGUAUAUAAAUGUAAUAUACUGUUGUUAUUUUCUUUUUUCUUUAAAUUAUGACUUCUUAUAGCACCUUAUAGUGAUAAACACCUUAUACUGGGUAUUUCACUGGUUGAAAUGGACCCAUACUUCAAUGCUGCCCUGUAUUAAAUAAAUUAAUGUUAAAACUU